GAAGAAGAAAGGGGAAGCAUCAACACUCCGCAGACAGCGACUCACCCGUGAAACUAUGGCAGACGACAAGAAUACUCUGGGCCAGCUCAAGGACCUGGUGGAGCUGAAGGACCAGCUGGAGGACAUUCAGAGACGGGUGGAGGGUGAGAUACAGGCUGGAGUUCCUCCAGGAGGCAGUCUGCUUGCUUCUCCUUUCCUGAAGGGUUUUCUGGCCGGGUACAUUGUUGCUAGGCUACGCUCUUCAGCAUUGCUGGGUGUUGCCGUAGGAACGUGCACAGGAAUCUAUGCAGCACAAAAUUAUACUGUUCCCGACAUUGAAAACACCAUCAAAGACUACAUAAACAACCUGAAAGGAGGUCGCAAAUGAGAAGAGAGGAGGAAAAGUCAGGAGACAAGAAAGGGCGGCGAGGGGGAUGAGACAUCUACAAGAAGAGGGUGCCAGUACAGCUACAUACGGGAACAGAUAUGUAUUUCAAAAGUUAAAAACCUUUUUGGAGUUAUUUCAUCUUCCACAUGGAUGAGUAAAUAAGAAAAUUCUAAAGUGGCAAGCCAGUUUAUAGAGACAGGUGAAACAGGGACUUUUUUCGUAUUUCUUUUAAAAUUCAUCUGAAUCUUGUUCAUCUGAGCCCUUGCUACAUAAAGAUUGAGAAUGAGUGAUGGCAGUACAUAUUGUUGCAGUAGAUGGAUGAAUUCAAGAUCCCAGAUUUCUUUCCAAUGAGAUCAGUGACAUAAAUUUUGACAAACUGCUACCAUUAAUAAAAUUAUUAUAGCUGCUAUAACUGAUAUCUGAUCCCAACCCUGUCCUGUCUGAAACUACAAUAUGCGCUUUCCAAAGAUUAUUUGAUACGUAAUGAGAUCAACCAAUAUCUGCAUGAGCAGACCAGCUCUGUUGGCUAUGUUCACCUCCUUACUUAAGGAGCUUCACUUGAGAGAAUCUCUUAUGCUAUUUUAGAGUGUUAAGUUUCCUCCAGAGUAACUGCUUUAGAAGUCCUGCCCUUGUUUUUUGCUUCUGCGAAGUUUUAGAAACUUAUUUUGUCGCCUUCUUUGGUGUCCUCUGCCCACUAGUGGUCAGAAAUCAAUCAUAGCAGCCUUAACUAAUUUGCACUUCCAUGCUCAAGGAAUGAUGGAGCAUGUACAUUUUUUUUUCAUCUCACUUCUCAUGGUGCUUCUCUGUGUGAAACCUGUCAGAAGCCUUCAUGGUUCUUGUUUGUUUUCACACUGUUUGCAGGUGUCAGGGAAAAGUCUGUGGUGUCAUGUGAAGUGUCUUUUGAAGUGUGUGAAGUCAUUUUUAUUUUAAAAUUAUAGUCCUCAUCUCUGUAAAGGUUCUUGAAAACUCACUUAGAGGGAGACUUUUCAGAGACUUGUCAUUUUUAUUAUUGUAAACAUGACUCAAAUGACACACUCCAUUUGGAAAUAAGUGUUUCUGGAAAUGUAAUAUUUCUCUAUAUUACACCUCACAAUGCUAAAAAAAGAAAUUAGACUUCAGUCUGCAAGAGCUGGGGAACACAGUUGGUAGACUGUCAGAUGGAAAUGCACACCGAAGUGAAUUUUUUGUGCAAAGAUGUAGUUUUUAAUGGCACUUU